CCCCCCGGCAGCCUCUGGCUCAGCCCGCGGCAGCGGAGGCGGCUGGCCGUGCCCAUGGCAGCCCGCCUGCUCCCCCUGCGCCUGCUGCUCUUGGCAGGGAUGUGGGCCAUCCCCGGCCACGGAGAAGCCACCCUGAGACCUGGAGAGCCCAGCUUACGGCUCACCCACGGUGGCUGCCGCUGCGCCGGGAUGCUGGAGGUGAUGUGGGAGAGAAAGUGGAACCGCGUGUGCCGGGAGAGCGUGAGCAAGGUUGGCUUGGGUGGCAUCUGCCAGCAGCUGGGUUGUGGCCCCCCCGUCACCGAGCACCCCCGGGUCAUCUUCACCGGCGGGAAGGAGCCACGCGCGCUGCAGUGCCUGGGGACAGCGGCCUCCCUGACGCAGUGCCACUACGUGCUGGCAAACUGCACCGAGCAUGCUGUCCUCGCCUGCAGCGAGCUGGUGAAAACCACCCCUGAGCCCCGACCGACACCGCCGGUUACCACCCCGGAGCCCACCGGACCCGCCAGGCUGCAGCUGGUGGAUGGGGACUUUGGCUGCUCGGGUUUCGUGGAGCUGCACAGGCAGGGGUUGUGGGGGGCUGUGGGAGACAGCCUCGGCAACUGGCCAGAGCUGGCCCCCCGCAUCUGCCAGGCUCUCCACUGCGGCAACGCCAUCAACGACCACGGCCAUGCCAAGCCGGAGCAGAAAAGCCACUUGCCGGUGCGGUGGGAGGUGGUGGAGCCCUGCAAGGACCGUCAGCUCUUUGACUGCUUCAACAGGACCAGCUCCUGGCAGGGGAAGGUGCCUGCCUUCAUCAUCUGCUCGGGCUCGCAGCCGCAGGCCCUGCGGAGGCUGGCGGCCGGCCCCACGCCUUGCGAAGGGGACAUCGAGGUCUUUCACAAGGGACGGUGGCAGGUGCUGUGUGACAACAAGGUGCAGCGAGCUGAGUGGGGCAGGCAGCUGUGCCAAGAGCUGCGCUGUGGGAACCUCUCCUCCAGCACCCGGAUCCAGGACCCCACCUCAGGAGGUGUCACCUGCGGGACCUCCAACUUGCGCCACUGCUCCAACAACCUCGGGGUGCCCCGGAUGUGCUCCAGGAUCAGAAUCGUGUGCCAGGACUCGAAGCCACAUCCCACCGGCACGGCGGCGGGCACCAUCGUGAGCAUCUGCCUGGCCCUGCUUCUCUUCGCCAUCCUCUUGCUCAUCUGCGGCCCUCCUGCCUACAGGAGGCUGAUGAAGAAAAUCUCCAAAAAGAAGCAGCGCCAGUGGAUCGGCCCCACGGGACUCAACCAAACUGUUUCCUUCCACCGCAACAGCACCGUCACCCUGAGGCCGCGGGCGGAGGGGCAGCGGGUGCAAGGGGGGGACAACGACUACACUCAGCCCCCCCAGAAGAGCUCCUACCUCUCGGCUUACCCAGCCCUGGAAGGUGCGUGCAGAGCUUCCAACCCUCCGGACAACUCCUCCGACAGCGAUUACGACCUGCACUCUGCCCGUAGAGUGUGACCCCCCCUUGCCUCACCUCUCGCCAGAACCAGGACCCCCGUGGGCUUCCCUUGUCCCCAGCCGAGCCAUCCACGUGUGUGUGUGUUGUGUGUGUGUCCCCCCCCCCCGCCUGUCACCCAGCACUGUCCCAGGGUGGUCAGGCAUGUGGCAGCCAAGCUGAGCAACUGCUGAAUGAGCGGCUUUUCUUGCAUUUUUUUCUUUUUUUGGCAAGCACCCUCGUUUCCGUUGUCAGCCACCUUCCCACCCUGCAGGCAGAGGUGGGAUGAAGCACAAAAAAAGUAAAAUUUUGAGCAACGUGAGAGAGCGGAAGACGUUCCUGCCCAGGCCCGGGGCGGGAGGUGGGGUUGAGCGAGAUGAUUUUUGAAAAGCCUUCUUCCAACCCAAACCCUCUUGCGAUUCUACGCCAUGAUGAACUGAACAGAGGUGACGCAAGACCUGUGCUGCUCACCUUGAAAACCCACCUGCAUCCCUCCCCCACCCCCACCCCAGCAUGACGUGAGACCUCUGGGGGGUUUGGGGGGGCCAGGUCCCCCCAGUCCCUGCCAGACACAGAGCCAAGCGUGCCUGUGCUCCUCCAUAGCUGCUCAUAGCGGGCACUAAGCUCAGCUCUACCCCAGCUUAGCUCAGCUUCGGCUGCACCCCGGUACACGAGCACCUUUCUGAGAAAGCUUCCUCUUGCUUUUGAGCCAUGGCAGAGCGUGAGGUGGGUUGUUUUUGUUUUUGUUUUUUUUUUAAGCUAUUUGUACGAGUCUUAAGAGGCAGCUGGAUUGCAGCAGGCACUGAGAGCAGAGCAGCCAUGCUCACGGCUGUUCGGAGAGGGGGGGGUUGGCCAGCUUCUCCGUCUCUCAAAACCGGGAUAACCGCACUCCUCCUCCCGCCCGGGGCCAGGCUGAAAGAGAAAUGGGCUGCCCUCUGCCAGGCACCCGUGGUGCGGAGCUUCGCCUGCGAGACCCGUGUCUGCCAGCUUCCCGGGGGAGCUGCCAAAACAGCCGCUCGGCUGCGUCUGCGUGGGCUGGCGCGCGAUCGGGGCUGAGGUACAAAGCAAAGCAGGGAUGUGAGGAGCACGGGGAGGGCAGAAAUACUGAGAACAAGUCUGAGAUAUUUAAUAAGCAGUAACUGUUGUAAUAAAAUCGGGUUUUUUCUAAUGA